AUGCCUGUGAUGAGGCUGGAAGAAACAAUCGAAGAGCUCGAGAACUUCCGCAAGCUUCACCUUGACGCUCUUGCAAUCCUCACGCGUUCGGCAGCCGCAAUAGAAAAGGACGUUGGCGCCAUGCGGCGCGAAGUAGCAAAGUGUUCUACCAUGAGCAACGGGGAUUCACCAGUCAACGCAAGGUUUCCGCAUCCUCAUGCGCAGCUGGAACAGAAGCUGAAGCAUAUAUUCGAUCAGCAUGCUGCACAAAUCAACAGCUUCGAAGACAGUAUCAUUGCUUCCCUGUCGCACUCAUCUCACAUUCCCGUUUGUUCAGUCGACGAUCACUUCACUUCUUCUGACUCCGAGGCCAGCCGGCACACCCAUCGCCGUCAACAGAUUGACUCGAUGCCCCAGCGACCGUUGGAUUCCACCAAUGGUCAAGGCUGCACUCAGACCACGACCGGAACAUCUCCCUCUGCCUGCAAGGUUCUCAUCUCGCCAGCUCUUUCCACAGCAGACUCGCCAAAGCAGCAUUGCGAAAUUAAUGCGAGUGUGAGUCGAGCUACGCGUAGCGACAAAUCGAGGGCCUUGGAGCUUGACGGCAAGCAGAAACGCCCGACAAAUUGCAAGCGUCCCCUUUCAUCCAAAGACGGCAUUGCUUCGCCGACCGAUACACAGCACGGACGGCUUCGUUACGAGCACUCGUUGGCUGGCCGAGAACCACUUGCAAACACAACGAACGAGUCCACACUUUUAGCCACCCGAUCGUCGACGACCAAAGCAAGCACGAUGCAGACAGAUGAUCGUCGUGGAGCUCACCACACACCCUCGCACAACAAGGCACCCGAAUCCGAACGAAGACUCAAGGAAAGUGCUGCAACCUCUGAUUUCGAGACCACGGCAGCACACAUCCUCCAACAUGUUACUGCACCGUUCACAGGAAUCCAGAUCAGAGGCAGAACACAGUUCAGGGAGCCGAGCCGAUGGGUUUCGACUGGCAUCACCUGGUUCUACAACAUGAGUGGGUCACCUAAGCUUUCCGACGACAAGACAUCUUGCUUCAGGACUGCGAAAACGCCGUUCCUGGCCGUUCCGAGAUCUUUCAUGAGGGACGGCAUGAUUCUGGGAAGGGAAGAGCAAGACAAACUAAAACUCGAAUUUAGUUCAAAGGGAUCAAACCUGCGCGCUUGUCUCGCAGUCGAAGGUAGGAAAGAGAAGGGCGUGGACCUCAGGGCGUUUCCUCCAAAGACCUUGGGUUUGCACAGUACGAAGCCUUUCGAGAGGCUGUGUGCGAUGGCAAGUACCGUAGGAAAUUGUGACUUUGGGACGCUGGAUGCGAAAGCAGACAAGCCAGGAAAGACGAGACAUCCGGAGGUCAUCCAUAAAGCCUUCUCAGCCUGGCCUUUUCCGUCGCCUUUCCUGACGGAUGCGAGUGGAGACUCACACCACGAGCUCGGCACUAUCGGGCGGAGAAAGGCAGACCAAUAG